AUGGCCAGCCAAGGUGACAAGUCGGUGUUCGGCAUGCCCGGUUUCGUUGUUGACUUUUUGAUGGGUGGUGUUUCCGCUGCCGUCUCCAAGACUGCUGCUGCCCCCAUCGAGCGUGUGAAGCUUCUCAUUCAGAACCAGGAUGAGAUGAUCCGCGCUGGUCGUCUUGACAAGAAAUACGGUGGUAUCGUCGACUGCUUCCGUCGUACCGCUGCUGCUGAGGGUGUUGUUUCUCUGUGGCGUGGUAACACUGCCAACGUUAUCCGUUACUUCCCUACCCAGGCCUUGAACUUUGCUUUCCGUGACACCUACAAGUCCAUGUUCGCCUUCAAGAAGGACCGUGAUGGAUACGCCUGGUGGAUGGCCGGUAACUUGGCCUCUGGUGGUGCUGCCGGUGCUACCUCCCUUCUCUUCGUCUACUCCCUCGACUACGCUCGUACCCGUCUUGCCAACGACGCCAAGUCUGCCAAGGGCUCUGGUGAGCGUCAGUUCAAUGGUCUCGUUGACGUCUACAAGAAGACCCUUGCUUCUGAUGGUAUUGCUGGUCUCUACCGUGGUUUCGCUGUCUCUGUUGCUGGUAUCGUCGUCUACCGUGGUCUGUACUUCGGUAUGUACGACUCGCUCAAGCCUGUCGUCCUCGUCGGUCCUCUUGAGGGUAACUUCCUUGCUUCUUUCUUGCUUGGUUGGUCUGUCACCACUGGUGCUGGUAUUGCUUCUUACCCUCUUGACACCAUCCGUCGUCGUAUGAUGAUGACCUCUGGUGAGGCCGUCAAGUACUCUUCUUCCUUCGAUGCUGCCCGCCAGAUCGCCGCCAAGGAGGGUGUCAAGUCCUUCUUCAAGGGUGCCGGUGCUAACAUCCUCCGUGGUGUUGCUGGUGCUGGUGUCUUGUCUAUCUACGACCAGGUUCAGCUCAUCCUCUUCGGCAAGAAAUUCAAAUAG